AUGCUCUGCUUCAGGGCUUUCGGCAGGCUCAGGCGAUCAGGCUGUCUGCGAGCUGGGCUGCGGCUCAAGUGCCCAGACUCAAAGGGCGUGGUGGCCAGCGUGGCGCAGCUGCUCUUCGGCUUUGGCUGCAACAUCCUGUCCUCGGACCAGUACAGCGACGUGGAGGCAGAUAUGUUUUACCAGCGUGUGGUGUUUGACUACAGCGACCUGCUGGUGGGGCCCGGCAACACCGCCAUCCUGGAGCGCGGCAUCGCCGAGGUGGCUAGAAAGUACGACAUGGACUGGCGCGUCAGCCUGGCCGCCAAGCAGAAGCGCGCCGCGCUGCUGGUCAGCAAGCUGGACCACUGCCUGUACGACCUGCUGAUCCGGGUGGAGAGCGGGGAGCUCAGCUGCGCCAUCCCAAUCAUCAUCUCCACCCAGGUGGUGGCGCGGCGCUUUGGCGUGCCCUUCCGCCACCUGCCCAUCACGCCCAAGGACCCCGCCAGCAAGGCGGCCCAGGAGGCGCAGAUCGACGCGAUACUGCAGGAGGAGGGCAUCGACCUGAUCGUGCUGGCGCGGUACAUGCAGAUCUUCUCUCGCGACUUCUGCGAGCGCCACUGGCGCCACACCAUCAACAUCCACCACUCCUUCCUGCCCGCCUUUGAGGGCGCGCGCCCCUACCACCGCGCCUACGAGCGGGGCGUGAAGGUCAUCGGCGCCACAGCGCACUACGCCACCUCGGACCUGGACUGCGGCCCCAUCAUCGCCCAGGACGUCACCCACGUGAGCCACCGAGACAGCGUGCCAGACAUGGUCCGAAAGGGCCGCGACCUGGAGCGCACGGUGCUGGCCAAGGCGGUGAGGUGGCACCUGCAGGACAGGGUGAUUGUGCACGACAACAAGACGGUGGUGUUUGAGUGA